AUGGGCAUUGUGAAUACUGAUUUGUUCCCCAAAACCGGGCGAUGGCUUGCGAGCCGUAAUCAACAUGAAGAAUAUCACGUCGAGUGGGAGCAGUUUUAUAAAGCAAACAAAAGCAUUGUCCCCGUGCUACUUGGAUCUGUCGGAGAGCUACGGGCGAAUAUGUUAAAGGCUAAGCUACGAGGACAAGGAAAAUCAAAACCAGUCGGCAAUAGUUUGACUGUCAGAGAUCACUCUAUUACUUUUUCUCAAGGAGAUCGUGAGGUGCAAAUUCUGUUGAGGACUUAUGUUCCUGACACAAUUGAAACGAACCUUCCGGGAAUGCUUUAUUUCCACGGCGGCGGUUGGGCACUUGGUGAUUUGGACGGCGAAGAUAGAUUUUGUCGACUCCUCUGUAGCAAAGUUCGGCUGGUGGUAGUAAGCGUUGACUAUAGACUUGCACCGGAGAAUCCGUACCCAGCGCAGUUGAAUGAUGCGUGGGCUGCACUAGACUGGGCUAUAAAAGACCACAUAUCCUUAAAAUUAGAUGUGGAUAAAAUCUUAAUUGGAGGCACCAGCGCGGGUGCAAAUAUAGCUGCGGUGGUAUGUCAGGAUUCCAAACAGAGGGGUCUGCAAAUUCGGGGCCAGCUACUGCGCAUACCUGUGGAUCCUGCGAUUCUCACUCCGGAAUGUAUGAAGCAAUUUCUGCGAUGGUAUAAUCCUGCAGAUGCAUCCCACGUUACCGUUUCACCUCUGCUAGCUCCAAGAUUCGAUGAACUCCCACCAACAUUCUUCCAGAUAUGUGGGAAAGAUCCAUUAAGGGACGAAGGUCUGGCCUAUGCUGAUGCUCUUGAAAGUGCUGGGGUUCCCGUGAAAGUAAAGGUCUAUCCCGGACUGCCGCAUGCUUUCUGGAUAUUCCCUGACAUAUCCACCACCCAAAUCGCCGAGGAUGAUCUGCUUGAGGGGGUGAAGUGGUUGGUGAAGCAAAUUUCAGCUUAA